CUGCAGACUGCCGAACUGGCAAUGACCAAUCGAUUGUCGUCAUUCAGUAGUUCCCAUUCGAGCGUUCCUCGCAUCGGUUCAACGGUCUCGCGAAUCCCUAACAGUAUGAGCAACUCGGUAGACAUUGCCCUGAAACCGUACGUGGCGGCCGCCCCGCUGAAACCGCAUUCCCGAUCGGAGAAGUUCUGGGCACUUCUGCAGCUGCUCUUCGAACUGGCGCUGUGUCUCGUCAAAAGCAUUCCGUUGUGGGUGGAAAUAGUGGUCGAAUCGUUUUCUCCGCCUCCACCCAAGAACAUCGGUGGUCAAACGGCGCUGGUAACGGGGGGAGCCAACGGAAUCGGCAAGGCAAUCGCUACCGAGUUGGCCAAGGAAGGCUGCAAUGUGGUCAUCGUGGAUGUGGAUCAGACCAACGGCCAAAAUACGGCGGAGGAGCUCAAACGGUACAAUGUGCAAUCGGUGGCUUAUGAGUUCGACGUAGCCGACUAUGAUCAAGUGAGGGAGUUGUAUCGUCGAGUGGAGCGAGAUAUUGGACCGGUCGACAUUCUGGUGAACAAUGCCGGGAUUCUGCCGUUUCUGUCUUCGAAUGAGAAGAAUCCUUCGGAGAUUCGUCGCCUGAUGGAGGUCAACGUGCUCAGCGGGUUUUGGACGGUGGAACAGUUUCUUCCUAAUAUGAUUCGUCGUGGUCGGGGACAUAUUGUGGCCAUUGCUUCGGUGUCAUCUUACACCCCGGUUGGGUACAUGAGGACUUACGUCACAUCCAAGUAUGCCGUUCGAGGUUACAUGGAAUCGCUGGACGAGGAACUGUACCUGAUUGGUCAGACGGAUGCAGUCAAGACAACCACGGUGUUCCCGAUGGUAAUCAAUACAAGAAAGCAAAUAAUGGAAAAGGUUGACCGGAUGCCGAGAGCUUCCAUAUUGCCAAGGUUCACAACGGAGGAAACAGCGAAAACAGUCGUGGAGGCAAUCAAGACCAACAAACGGAAGGUGGUUGUUCCUCAGGCAAUAAAAGCUUGGCAGCUGAGCUUUUAUGAACACAUUCCAAUCAAAAUCAGACGGAUGAUGGAUCUUACUCUAAUGAAAGGAAAGCCACUCGUCUUAGAUUAGUUUUUUUUUAAUUUGAAAGUCAAGCUAUUCACACGUUAAAAUAAAUGUGUUUCAUGAGUGUUCUGCACAUACAAAUAUAUAUGAAUGCAACAAUCCAACGUAUUGGUCCGGUAAGUGAUGUGAAGUUCAUCAUUAGGUUGAAGUAAGCUACUAUCAGACCCACAUUAACUGCUACGGACUGUACAAAAUUGUUGUAAUAGUUGAACUUCCGAUGGAAUUCAAGCAUGUUUAUUGUUGAUGAUUUUGUGUCAAACAUCAGUAUGUUUUCUUGGAAUAUAUUUUUUCAGAAAAAAUAAA